AUGUUCUCCCAUCUCAAACGCGAACACCGUCUGAUCCUGGUAAUCAGCAUUUCUGCGUCCUUUUUCCUAGCAGAAAUCGCAGUCGGAUUCUAUACCCGUUCUCUGGCACUGGUCGCAGACGCAUUCCACUAUCUGAAUGAUCUUGUCGGCUUCAUUGUGGCGCUGGUAGCGCUCAAGAUCUCGCAACGCAGCAAACACCCUAAAGAGCUUUCUUUCGGCUGGCAGCGCGCACAAUUAUUGGGUGCCUUUUUCAAUGGCGUUUUCCUCCUGUCUCUGGGGAUCAGCAUUUUUCUUCAAUCCAUCGAUCGCUUUGUCUCGUUAGAGCGAAUUGAAAACCCCAAGCUUGUGCUGAUCAUUGGCUGCGUCGGAUUGGCGUUGAAUCUGAUCAGUGGAUUGUUCCUUCAUGGUUCGCUCGAACGCAGGAAUUCCUUUUCCACUCGAGUCCUGCGCCCUCACGUCGAGCACCGACACAACGUCAAGUCACAAGCGAAGAAGGGCCAUGAUCUCGGAAUGAUGGGUGUCCUUAUCCAUGUUCUGGGGGAUGCAGCGAACAAUCUCGGGGUUAUUAUUGCUGCGUUGGUAAUCUGGAAGGCCAAAUAUGACGGAAGAUACUAUGCCGAUCCUGCUGUGAGCAUGGCGAUUGCGAUCGUGAUCCUCCUCUCGUCGCUUCCUCUAGUGCGGAAAAGUGGAACCAUUCUGCUGCAGAGCGUCCCGCUAGGCGUCGACCCGGAAGAUGUCAAGCAUGAUCUUGAAGCUAUUCCUGGCGUCGAAUCUGUCCAUGAACUGCAUAUCUGGCGACUCAACCAGGAAAAAGCCCUUGCAUCGGUGCAUCUGGCAGUCUCCGAUGAGCUAAUCGCCGAUUUUAUGGACAAGGCCAAGAUUAUCAAUGAGUGCUUCCAUGCGUACGGGAUCCAUUCCACAACCUUGCAGCCAGAGCAUGUCCGUCCCAUUCCCAGCGACAGCCGAUCAAUCCAGGGCCGGGAAACCGCAGAGUUGAUCGUUGAUGGAGGAGUCAAGAAGCGCCAUGUUGUCGACCCCAAGUCUGGAUGUUCGUCGGAAACCCUGUCGACAUGUUUGAUCAAUUGUGGGAGUACCUGUGAAGGGUACACAUGCUGCAGUCGGGAUAAGUCGCUCUAA